CUUUGACUACCGGGGGUGUUCCCAGUAACUACAGCUCCACGACCAAAAAAUUCCAUCGGUCUGCGAUUCCGCGCGCUUCUGUGCGCAUCAGGCCCAAUGGAAUCUGUAUAGCUCUAUUGUGACUGACCGGAGGACUCGGCCACCAGUUUUCCGGUGAAGUGAGCGUUCUCCCAAAGUCGCGGAACAUUUGCGCCGAGGAAGAAGAAGAUGGUGACGGAAAGCUGCCGUAACUGUUAGUGCCGUCGGGAACUGCCGAAGAAUGGACGCAGCAGUGGCCCAGUGCGUGAUAGCUAAAUCCACCUCCAGCACCACCCCACCACCGCGCAUUCAUUCAUCGAGAUCUUUACAUAUAUCGGAUGCUCUCCCGACUCUCGCAAGUUACCCACCACCUAGUCCGCCGCCCCUCAAUCUCCAGCCUCCGCACGAUGUCAGACCCAUUCAACAAGUCUAUCCGGACCGCGGCGUGUCUCAUUAUCGGUGAUGAGGUGUUGAACGGCAAGACGGUCGACACGAACUCCGCGUACUUCGCCAAGUACUGUUUCGACCUCGGCAUCGAGCUGAAGCGCAUUGAGGUUAUCUCCGACGAGGAGAGCGAAAUCGUCGAAGCCGCGCGCCGGAUGUCGGCAAACUACGAUUUCGUCGUCACGUCGGGCGGAAUAGGGCCGACGCACGAUGAUAUUACCUACCCCGCACUCGCGGCGGCUUUCGAUUCCCCGCUGGAGCUGCACAAGGAGACCGCGGAGCGCAUGCGGAGGAUAGUUAAGGCUAGACCUAACGCCCCGCCGUACGAUUGGGAUACGCCCUCGGCUACCCUGACGGCGCGGAUGCGCAUGGCCAUGUUGCCGUCCGGACCGAAGACGAAGGUGAUCUAUGUUGCGGAGGACCUGUGGGUUCCCAUUGCGGUAGUGAACCAUAAUGUCCACGUUCUCCCGGGCAUCCCGAGGAUCUUUGUACAGAUGCUGGAGGGACUGAAGAGUGUGCUCUUGGAGGAUAAAAGGAUUGAUCAGGAGUUGAAGGCGACGCGUGUGCUGAUCUCGACGCCAUUGGUGGAGAGUGACAUCGCAGAAUUCUUGACUAAGCUGCAGGAGAGGGUUGCGGCGAAAGGGGUGAAAGUGGGGAGCUAUCCGAGAUGGGGACAAAAAUGGAAUACCAUCACGCUGGUGGGCACCGAUAAGGAGUUUGUAGAGAGUUUGGUUGAGGAAGUGGAGAGGCAGACGAAGGGGAAGAGGGUCGCUGAUGAGGGGGAGAUGGAUGAGCCAACCGAGACUCAAACGGCCGAGGCAGAGGCGAAUACAGAGGCGAGACACCAGGGCGGAAGCGAGGUGAAGGAGAAGCAGGUUCCUGCUCCGGCACCUGAACAGGCAGAAUUGACGCACGGAAUUAAGGACUUGAAGAUUGACGGAUAAUGUGUGUAAUGUUUAAAGGUUAUACAUAGCGGGGGUCUCAGGAGUCGGUCAUACAUGGGGUAUUCUUGCCAUAGCAGCAGCUGUACUAGCUUGCGUCGAGUACGUGAGCUGAAGCAAAUCUGUCCGAGCUCCCAAUCAUUACACGGGUCUAGAACCAUCACAUCUACCACUGUGUUGUACAUUUUCUGCAUAAUGACCGACGUGUGGG